UGGGUGGAAAGCAAUAUGGCGGGUACUUCGGAGGACCAACUUUUAAAUCUAGGAAUUGAAGACAGUAUUCACAGAGACGAAGAUGAUGAAGGAGAUGAUGUCAGUGACAUAUAUAAUGAAGCUGGUAACAUGGGUUAUGACCUCCCAUCGUCGUCAGUUAAUGGAGAGGUCUGGAACAACACCAAAAAGAUAUGGGAACUGAACUACCACGAAGCAGCAAUAUAUUUACAAGAAGGAGAAAACAAUGACAAAUACAACACUCACCCAAGAUGUCAUGAUGCACUACCUGCUUAUGAGAUAGCACACAACCAUUGGUUCUAUGCAUUGGAUUUAUUUGCAUCUUUAUUGGUUUUAUUUAUGGCUGCCUGUGAGCGCCCAGCUGUGCCAUUCCUCACCUUGCCUGUGGGC